GACGUGCCUUUUAUAAAUGAUAACAAUCGUGAUUGACCUUUUUCACACAACAUUUUGCAGAAUAAGGUAUGUGGUUUAAUUUAGUUCAUAAAUAACGACUGACAUGGACAUAUGGAUAAUCGGGUAGCACUACGUGUCAACAGACGAGUUAAUAAGCAGACGACUAUUAUCACUACAGAGUAUGGAGUUGUUCAGUGAUAGACGAUAGACGAAGUAAACUGUUGUGUAAGGAUAUACAAGAUGCACUAAGGUCGACACAAACUUAUGAUAAAUGGUUAAUAUGAUAAGUAAUAAAUAGACAUCUGAUAAAUAUUUUGAAACUAUACACUUAAAUAUAUUUAGGCCACCACGGCGGAAAUAAUUAUGUCAGUAAAUAUAUUGUAAAAUUAAUUGUUAUGUGGAUUAAAGGUGUUUCUUCAAUAAUAGACUGUUAAUUCGGAUUAUGAUCUAUAAAGCAAUAUCGGAUUUCAUUUGGGCGAAUCUAAGGUAAAAGGAGUUUCAUAAAUCCUACAGACAUUGAUAUGCGAACCCAAACUAAUCCUAAAACUUGCCAACCUUAAGGGAAAAAUGUAAUUAAAAGCUUCAGACUUGUGAUAAUUUGGGAUAUUUACAAGUUCUAUAACGUAACACGCGAGAGAGAUACAUAUAUGAAAUAUAUUUUGAAUUAAACUUUAACUUGAAAACAGUGAACAUGUGAAUCCUAACAAGUGCAAACCUUAAGGAAAAUUUGUGAUUAAAAUCUUUAGACUGGUGAUAUUCUGAUUUAAUCUUUGACAGGAAUUACUUUUGUUAAUUUGAAAUAUUAACAAGUUCUAUAACGUAGCGCGUGAGAGAAAUGCAUAUAUGAAACAUAUUUUGGAUUAACCUUUAUAUUGGAAACAUUGAACAUGUAAAUCGAUGGGAAAAUCUUGAUUAUAACGCAUGGACAAUUGGUUUUGCGUAUGAAUGUUGAAAAUUGGAUGUACAUACUAACACAAUACUGAAGUAUAGACAACGAAAAUGCGAUUAUUUCAAGCGCAGAAUUUUUACGGUGACACGUCUGCCCCGCCUCCCCCACCACCGUUCUCUAUCGACAGGGAGGUGACGCGGGUGAUGCCCGUGUACCUUAAUCAGUAUCGAGACGGGCGGCGGCUGCCGACGCCUGAAAAAGUCGCCGUCUUAGAGCUCUCCAACAGCUUUGAGCGACGUCGGCUAGGUAAACACCAGCGGAUACUAAACGACAUAUCUGAGCGCUGCCGAGCGCAGGAAAUAGACGAUCUAAGUAAUAAACUUUCAGCAAAAGUGAAUCUUCAUCAAGCCGGAAAGCCUAAGGAGAUGACAUUGUAUAACACAACGUUUAUGGGCUCGCGGCUGAUGAGUAAGUCCCCACCGCACGGCAUACCGCCUUUUGAUACGGCUGAUAUCAUGAAUGAACCCGAGAUACCUUUUAAGCCAAAUAUAUUCGAAAAGAACUAUAAACAGUUUCCGGCACGCAGAGUCAUGCGACAGCAGACGAAAUUUGAGUUCCUUCGUCAACCGACGCAGUUUCCAAAAGUGGAACCGACCCAGUGGCCGAAGUCAUCGUCGUCCGACUCCAAAGUACAUAGCAUUCGCGCGACCUUGGCCAAACGCCAACAGAUCAACGGACCAAUCCAGCUUGACCACUAUAUCAGCCCGCGACCGGAUCUAGCGCCUUUGGUGUUGCCGUCGAUCGAACGUUUCCACGUGUCCGCUCCGCUUGAAAGCAUCGAGCGCAGUGACACGUGUUUCUCGACAAGCCGCAUGGUGCUCGGAAAACGGUCUCGGACGCAACUGACCAUGAACAGUUCACGGCAACCCGAGCAUCGACCGCAUGAACCGAUAAAUCUGGCCUCCUUUGGGCACGAGUAUUCACAAUUGCCGCUGACCAACGGUCAUUCUCCGCCCCCGAACUCUAUCCACGAAUUAGACCCUCCUCCUACAUUGGACAGGUUAGACAACACAGAGUAAUUGUUGCAAGUCUUGGUAUUGAGAAAGGGUUGUUGAUACUGAUUUACAUUUACUUUUCUGCAAUAAGAGCACGAAUCAACAUAAAUUGGGUUAUCAACACAAUUGUUUAAUGACCUUCUGUCAUUGCAUUUUUCAUUCAAUUAUCAUGAUACUUUUCCAUCGAUUUGUCCGUUUGCAACGAUCACAAUCUUAUUAAAAUCGCAAUGUAGUUUUUCAUAAUAUGUACACUAGUGUACUUGAUUCAGAAUUUUCAAGCAAAUAACUCAUUUAAAACGUUCAGACCUAAAAUGUUGACGUGACAUUUUUUUUAUUAAUCAAAAAAGAAAUCCUGUAUAUUAUAUAAUAUACAUGUAGUAUAUAUACUUUCUUUAUUCAUACCCCAUACGUGGAGAUGAAAAUUCAAACGCAAUUGCCUUCAUCCAUUUAUGCAUAUGUGUAUGCUAUGUUUUAACCUCCAUGCUUCACGUGUUUCAAAAGGCUCAAAUCAACCUUCAGAAACUCUCCAACUAAUUCGAUCGCUUUUUGUUACGAAUGCCUUAUAGUUUGAGACGCGUUCUGAGAAAACGGGGCUUAAUGCAUGUGCGUUAAGUGUCAUCCCAGAUUAACAUGUGCAGUCCGCACAGGCUAAUCAGGGACGACACUUUCCGCGUUUAUGACAUUUUUCGUUUAAAUGAAGUCACUUCUUAGCAAAAAUCCAAUUAAGGCGGCAAGUGUCGUCCCUGAUUAGCCUGUUUCUCAGAACGCGACACAUUUGAUCAAUUGCAAUCAUGGUCAAUUUCUUUGCAAAGAAACGGUAUUCACUGAUGAUGAAUUGUUAACGUCAGAUGUUAUUUUAUAUGUUGAUGUCUAUUGCUCUUUAUUUUGGAAUGUAUGACAUCAUGUUUGAUUUAAUUUGUUAUUUUGGCUCUUAGUUUCAGUAAUGCAAAUUAAUUUAAAUACACACACGUUUUUUGUAUGUGCAUGGAAAUCCAAUUAGCUUAAUGUUUUUGUUACAUAAUAAACGUUUAUUGAUAAGUUA